AUGGCACGAACUGGCUUUCUCCCUCUUAUGUUUUUUCUGCUAUUUGUAACAUUUGGAGUUAUUUUGUCUGUUAGUUCACCCAACAUCACCACUGAUCAAUCAGCUCUUCUAGCUCUAAAAUAUCAUAUAAGUCAUGAUCCACACAACAUCUUAACAAUCAAUUGGUCUACUUCUAACUCUGUUUGCAAUUGGUUCGGUAUCACAUGUGGAUCUAGACAGAAUAUAGUUAUUGCUUUGAAUUUGUCAAAUAUGGAUCUCACAGGCACCAUCCCAUCUCAAUUGAGUAAUCUAUCUUUGCUUGCUUGGCUUGACAUUGGUCACAAUAGUUUCCAUGGUUCUUUACCUAUUGAGUUAACAAAUUUGCAUAGGUUGAAACAUUUGGACUUUGGUAACAACAAUUUCGAUGGAGAAAUUCCAUUGUGGUUUGGUUGCUUCACUGAACUUCAAGGCUUAUUUUUAUACCUUAACAACUUCAUCGGUGUUAUCCCAUCUACUCUAGGCAAUUUGUUAAAACUAGAAAAGUUGAGCUUAUUUAGCAACAAUUUAAAAGGCCAUCUUCCAUCAGGAAUAUUUGAUAAUCUUUCUAAAUUGCAAGUGUUGCAUGACGCUGGCUACUUACCUAUCAAGCUUGUUGAGAAUUUGCAUGCCAUUAGAAAAGGGUAUGAAAAGAAAGGUAAACUGGAAUACAUGAUAAAUGCACAAGCUAAUGGAAUAAAAUAUUAUCAGGUGAAAGGUUUGUCUUUUGUAGCGAAAGGGUUGGAAUUGGAGUUUGAAUCACUAUUAACCAGUUGGAUGGUAAUUGACUUCUCUAACAAUCAAUUCUUGGGAGAAAUUCCUAAAAUGCUUGGUGAGCUCCAGUCACUUAUUGUCUUAAACUUCUCUCAUAAUUGCUUAACAGGUCAUAUCCCAUCAUCAUUAGGUGAUUUGAUAGAGCUUGAAUCAUUAGAUCUCUCAUCAAACAAGCUCUAUGUUGGGAAGAAACCGAACAACCGAAACAAAGCCAAAGCACAACCGGUGUUCUUUCUCUCCUUAUAA